CUGUCGUUCCGUUGGCCGUGUGGACAAUCAAUCGUGAGAGUGUGUGUGUGGACACAUUCAUUCAUCCAGGCGGACUGACUGACGAAAUGGUAUGGUGUGUGUAGGUGUGUAGGUUAGGUAGUAGUAAUUACUCGAGUGAGUGAGUGAUGUGAUGCCCCCGUCUCUCGUCCAUCACAUCAAUCAUAUCAUAUCAUCAUGACAGUCGCACCGCACAGACCGACAACCGCGUGUGAGCAAGCAAUCGCGUGGCGUGGCGUGACAGGCAGGCAGGCAGGCGAACAAACCAAUCUCGAUAAAUAAGGCAGACAGGCAGGCAGGCAGACAAUCAGUCAACAAGACAGCCGAACGGGCAGGCAAGCGGACAGACAAGCAAGUGCGUAAGAGUGUGCGUGUGUGUGUGCGUCUCAUCAGAAUACGAGUGGCGGCAGCUCAGCAGGAGGUGUGGCUGUGGUCUUGACGAGACGCGCGAGGCGAAAUGCCUUCCGGUACAUCGCCUGAUCGAUCGGCCGACCCACCCCACCCAUCACAUGAAGACACACGCAGGGUGAGCAAAGGAGACAUGACGAAAUUCGCUCAUCAGUCAGUGGCGAGGGACGUACGUACCUUGAGGUGCACGAUCCUGUAGUGCGGAAAGUCGGGAUCGUUCUCGAUGUCCAGCCCCGGCACGGCACACCGACGAAUGCGAUUCACAAACCGCUCAAACCUAAAACACCCAAGACACACACACACGACACUCACUGUCUCUGUCUCUUCCAGCCGUUCACUCCCCCCUCCCUCCCUCCUCCCGCUUAUUUACUUACUGUGCCGAUUUCCUCCUGAGGUCGUCUUUCAUGUCUGACAGCCACUCCGGAUCCACAUCCAUCACAGACGUCCCAGACGACAGACUGAAGCCGGAACUGCGCGAGGGGCUGGAGACCGGCAGCCUGCUGGUGGCAGCGGUGGUGGUGGCGGCGUGGGGUGUGGCGGCCGCUGCGGCCGCACGGGCGUCCGAGAGGCGCUGGUGUGCACUGGGCGGCCCCCUGAGGAUCUUCCACACCGCGGUCACGUAGUUGCGCACCAGGGCUGUGUUGACGAACCUGACAGACAGACAGACAAAGCAUAACACGCAAGCCAAGCGUCAGUUAGAUGAUGCGAUUGACAAGAAAUUGUCUGUUUGCUUGUUGAGAUGUGCUGUACGUGCGGCGUUCCUCAGGGCUCUCAGCGGUCUUGAACUUCAUCUCGCCUCCCUCGAGGAAGGCGUCGACGUCCUCGCCCCUCUCCUCCCUCUCCACCAUCUCGGCCAGGUCGAGGUCAAACACCUGCUCGGCCGCCAGCGCUAAGGAGCACGCCUGCAGCAUCUCAUUGACGCCGUCCUCCAGAUGGUCCAGCAGCGCCGUCAGCUUGAUCAGCAGCACCGCCACCAUCGCCUUGAUCUUGCACCCACACAGACACGAGCAUGACCUCUCCGGCGAUGGCGUGACGUCCUCGGGGUCUUCCCCGUCCUCCGCUCUCCUCCCCUUGCCCACCCCACAUUCGCAUGGGCAGGAGCAGUCGACGGGCGGCAGGUCGACCAUCCCAUCGGCCCCCGCACACGACGACGCCGACUCGUCGCCGUCAUCGUUCCACCUGCGUCUGUCCUUCGCCUUGCCCUCGGGAAAGAAGCUCAGCCCAAAGACAGUCGGGCAGCAGUCGAGCGAAGGGGACUCCUGCGGCCCUUCGGACAUGUGCAGCCGCACCGUCGUCCGGAAGCUCUUCUGCCGGCUGGUGGGGGUGGAGGUGGGCCGGCCGGGACCCUCCGCGAUGCUCACGGCCACCGAGGUCGACACGAUCCGCAAAAGGCCUUGGGUGGUGGUUGGGGGCUUGAUGAUGCGCAGCUGGAGCAGCCUGCGAGCGGGGUAGGGGCAGGGAGGGGCGUCGGGGGAGAGAGAGGGGGACGGAGGGGGGACGGGAGAGAUGGUCACCUCGCUGCACUCCCUUGUGCGGCCGAUGGGCAGGGUCAGCCGUGGUCCGAACGAUGCAGAUGUGGUGGAUGGCAGCCACGCCUCGGCCGUCGAGAUGGCCUCGCCGGCCAGAUCGAUGUCGAACUCCAGCAUGGUGCUGUAGCUGUCCUUGCUGCCGCGGGAGAGGGCCCUGACCAUCUGGUGGUGGCCCUUGGCCUCGCUCGCCUCGUACACCUCCACGUGAGCCGACGACGGGUCGCCCUCGCCAUCGGAGAUGACGACGAGGAACACGAGGGUCUCGGGGACCUCCUCGGUGCCCUCCACUGCGGCCUCCUUGAAGUAGGCGGAUGUGGCCAGCACCCCGUCGACCGCCUGUGCCACCACCCCCUGGAUCUCGCCAUCGAUGUCGUCAUCGAGAGUGGAUGGGAAGUCCCACGCCCGGCUGGAGUUGGACCGCUCUGCGUCCGAGUCGCCGUCGUCCUCCUGGUCUGUCGCCCCGAUGCGUGUGCUAUCGUCGCCCGUGGCCGUCUUGCCCGACACGCUCCCCGCCGGCGUGUCCUUGGAGCAUGGCGGCUGCAGGGUGGUUAAAGAGUUGGAGCUCAGCGAUGACUGCCGGGGUAGGGGUUGGGGGUGGGAGCCCGGCAGACGUCCUGUGGCCUCGCCCCCGUCGCUCUCUUCCUCCCCAGCCUUGAGGUAUGCGUCGAGGUCCAUGGUGUGUGGCGGUUUCUGGACGUCGAUCGUCAUCUCGAGCGACUUCUGGGGGGCGGAGGAGGGGUCGCUCGACUGCGGGGACAGGUUGUCGGGGCCGUACGAGGCGCGCGCCUUCAUCGUCCGGUCGCCGUCAGCGAUGCACCGGAAGCGGUUGCCUCGCUGCAUCGUCUCCCGCACAUAGCUUGCCAUCUUGUCGUGGCGCGCAAACACAUCCGUCAGGGAGAAGCGGGGAAUCGGCGAAGGGGCGUGAUGAUCACCUUCAGGCCUGAUCGCGCUCCCCGCCCUGGCCGGCAGGAAGCUGAGCAUGGUGCUCGCGGCUGUCGACGUCGAUGUGUCCACUGGCGUGUGGAGCAGCUCCCCAAGACGCUGCAAGUUGCGCUCGAGGCCUUGAUAGUCUAUUCCUCCCUCAACCCUCUGCACAUAAUUCCCCUCCGCAAGCUCACUGGAAACACACACACACACGCCCACACACAGACGAUCCAAUCCGGCAAGUGCGUACCCCACAUAGGUCUGAGCUAUGGCAGGCGCGCGCACCGACCGUUCGAGGGCGUCAUGAAGGGGCGGCAGGAUGGGGUCGAGUGAUGGUGAGGCUGUCUUGAUGUGACUCGGCUCCGGCUCCGGCGACAAGGGCGAGUGGGCCCGGUCUGCCGGGCUGUAAUCUUGCAUCCUCCGGUUGGUUGUGCGGCUGUUGACGCCAGAGAACGUGUGGCCUCUGCGGAAGAGCGGCAUUGCGGGCCUCCCGCCGCCAGAUCUCUGCCCCUCGACUCCUCCAGAGCGAUGCAGACCUAGCCCUGAGACCUCUGCGCCACCGCAAGC